AUGAGUGACGAGAAUAAAAGACUACUGCCCUCUACGAUGGCUUCGACCCACGCGCUAGAGCUCCUGCAAUCGAGACCAACCGGUGUUCUGAUGGGAGGAGGACCCUUCUUUACGGAUCGGAAAAUGGUGGAGAAGGCAGAAAUCCAUGGAGUAAUCUUUCCUUGGAUGAGUGCUUACAAGAUUUGGUGGUGGAUAACGGCAAUUGGAGCCAUCUUUACGGUCUUCUUUGCACCGUUUGAGAUUGGGUUUCAGGAAGAACCUGGUACCUUUUCGGAUUUUGAAGGUUAUUCGGAGAUCAUCUCGACAGGUAUCUUUGUAAUUGAUAUCUUUGUCAAUUUUAAUCUAGCAUUCUACAAGCAUGGGAAGAUUAUCUUCGAACGCGGGAAGAUAUUCUCGAAUUACCUCAACCGCAUGUUCUGGGUUGAUCUGAUUGGUGUGUUCCCGUUCGAAACAAUCGUACUGUUGUUGACAGGUCAUCUGGGAGAUAAAGGAAAAGUUGCUCUUCUAGCUUCACUGUUACGUAUGUUACGAUUUGUGAGGUUACAUCGGAUGCAGAAGCUUUCGGACAUGCUUCAGUUUGAUCCAAGAGUAUCGCUCCUGUGGUUCACUCUAAUUCGAAACUUUGUGGCGGUAUUUGCGUUGACACACAUUGAAGCUUGUUUCAUGUAUUUCUUGGCUCGCUAUCACGACUUUGGAGCUGAUACAUGGCUUGGACCUCUUGUGGAAGAAACGACGGGGACUUCGAGAUACAUUGUGUCGCUCUAUUGGUCCAUUGUCACCUUUUGUACUGUGGGAUAUGGCGAUUUUGCCCCCGCCAACCCAAUGGAACAGAUUUGGGGGAGUGUGUUCAUGCUCAUCAAUGUUGUUGUCGCAGCUUGGAUAAUUGGUUCGAUAACCUUGCUCAUUGUCAAGGGAGAUGAACGCACUGGAGAAUACAGAGACAGUUUGCAGACACUCCAACAAUAUGGCGAGAUGAACGAUUUCGACGACGCAUUCAUGAGAAAGCUAAAAGCACAAUUACGGUUGGACUUCAACAAUCGGGAAAUCUCGGACGAGCAAGUUCUCGGCAACUUUCCUGGUGCGGUCCGCCGAAAGAUUCUUAGAAAGUUGUACAUGCAACCUCUUGUCAAAACCCAUUUGAUGGCAGGAGUCCGUCAACAAUUUGUCGAUGCCUUUCUCGCUUCCUGCAAAGUGGAAAUCUUUAAUCCUGGAGAAGAGAUUGUUGAACGGGGUGCUAUAUUGUCCGAUUUGUUUCUGUUGGUGGGCGGUGUUGCUGAGAUUGUCACUUUUGAAGGGACGACGACGCUCGGGCCCAAACGAGAUAGCUUUUGCGAAGAGGACUUUGAUGCGGACGAGCACCUCCGGCGACAAAAACUCGAAUCUGGUGACUUUAUCGGUGAUAUUGGAUUCUUUACCGAAUCGCCACAGGUGGACUCGGUUGCCUGCCUAACGGUUUGCAAAACCCUGACCAUGACACAGGCAUCCUAUAAGCUACUUGCCCAAGAUCAUCCCAGUUCCGUGGGCAAGAUCUUACAGAAUCUUCUGAUCAAAGUGCGUGAAAUGCAAGUGGCCUUGCCCAAGGGGUUAGAGGUUCUCCGUGCUGGUUCAAGUUUUGAUCUGGACUCAUCUAGAACGUAUAAUUCCUUUGAUCUGGAAAGUAAUAAGUCGAGAGAUGAACUUCAACAGCGCAAAGACAGUUUGACAGCUGUCGCUGAUCUUGUCAAGAUGCACAUGGCCAAGCAGCUGGACGACCAGACUACUCGGCUAUUGUUCGCUGCAUCACGAGGUGACACACGAACCAUUUCAUUAAUGUGUAGCCAAGGAUUCGAUGCUGACAAUGCAGACUAUGACGACAGGACAGCAUUGAUGGUAGCAGCCAUGAAAGGAAACACGGACGUGGUUCGCUUGCUUUUGGAGUACAAUGCCAACCCUAACUUGGUAGACAUGCACGGAUCGACAGCACUUCUGGAAGCUGUCAAGAAUGGAAAUGAUGUCACAAUGAAAGUCCUUGCGGAAAGAGGAGCUGAAUUGUGCAUGUCCGAAAAGCUAGCGGCAUCGGUAUUGUGUCAGGCUGUCUAUGAUGGUGACAUCUCCCUGCUGAAGCGCUUGUUGGAAGCCGGAAUCCAAGUCAAUGCCGCUGAUUAUGACAAGCGUACAGCAGCCCAUAUUGCUGCUGCCGAAGGAAAUGCUGCCGCUUUGAGAGUGUUGUCCCAGAAUGGGGCCAGUCUAGAGUUGAAAGAUCGCUGGGAGCAUACGGCAAUGUACGAGGCAAAGAAAUCCAAUCAAACAUCAUUUCUUAAGGAAAUCUCCAAACUGUCCUCACCAUGA